AUGUACUCCAUCUGGCGCCUUUGCGCAUUCAUUGUACCAACACUCGCUCAACUUUCUCUUCCCAAUCCUCCGUGGCUGCCGCCUGAUGCGUCUGCUGGUGCGCGAGUCACAGCCAACCCAUCUUCUCCAAACCCGCAAUGGUCAACGCUGCUUGGGAAUCUUUUGUACUUCUAUGACGCUCAGAGGAGCGGAAAUCUUUCCAGUUCGAAUCGGGUCCCGUGGCGGAACUCUAGCGCUAUGGCCGAUGGAAAGGAUGUAGGCAUCGACUUGACUGGUGGAUACUAUGACGCUGGGGAUUAUAUCAAGGCCACCUAUCCUUUGUCUUUCACUCUGAUGUCAAUUUGUUGGGGAGCUCUUGACUAUGGGCAAGGCUACGACCAGGCAAAGUCGACAUCGGCAACACCAUAUCUGGAUUCCAUGCUACGCUGGGGUCUCGACUGGCUCGUGAAGGCCCAUCCGGCACCAAGCACAUUGUAUGUGCUUGUGGGGAAUACCGACGUCGACAAUGCCUACUGGGGUGGAGACGAAAACCUGCCCUCGUUCCGCCCCUCAUAUGCCAUUAAUGACACCAAUCCUGGCACCGACGCAGCUGCUGGGGCAUCAGCCGCCUUUUCUGCAUGUUCUGCACUCUAUUCUGGCAAGGGGUUCAACGGAGCUUACUCAAAGCCGGCAUCACUACAAGACAACGCGUACUCCGCUACGCUACUGACACAUGCGCAGCAACUGUACAGCUUCGCGGUCAACGCUACUGGGGGCCAGAAGCAAUACCAGAAGACGGUCCCUGCUAUCGCCGAGGCUUAUUCUUCGUCCUCUUUCGGGGAUGACCUCGCUAUUGCCGCUCUUUUUCUGGGUUGGGCGAGCAACAACACUGGUUAUUAUCAAGAAGCAGAAAAUUACUUCAACCAGAGCAAACUCAGUGGGCAAAACAGUAUCUUUAAUUGGGAUUCCAAAACCCCUGGGCUUUAUGUGCUCUUUGCCCAGAUCGCACAGUCCGGCUCAGAUCUGAGCAGCAAAUUGUCCGCUUGGCAAGCAGAAUGCGAGAGGUAUUUCGAUGCCAUUGUCAAUGGCAACAGUGGAGCCUCCUUAACGAACGAUGGAUUGCUCUACUACAAGGGCGACUCUGAUGAUGCCUCUCUGAAUCCCGCACUCAACGCUGCGAUGCUCAUGACACGCUAUGCUGCCAUAGCUACGACUUCUGACCGCAAGAACUCAUAUUCAAAAUUCGCUCAAAGUCAAGUAGAUUACGUGCUGGGGAAAAACUCGAUGUCUAUGCCCUACAUUGUUGGCUCGAAUCCCAACUCACCUCAAAACCCCCACUCGGCAAUGGCGAGCGGUGGAAACGACAUCAAUAACAUCAACACUUCUCCGCCACAAGAGUUGCAUGUGCUAUACGGUGCUGUUGUCGGUGGCCCAGAUCGUCGUGGUAGAUUCUUCGACAUUCGCAGCGACUGGCCGGAAACGGAAGUCGCAUUGGACUACAACGCACCAAUGCUCACUCUGGCUGCGAUGCACGUGAUGAACGACCCCAAUGAUCCCUUUUUCACGACUUUGCAAGCAGGAGCUUAUGACAAAGUGCGGCCCUCCGGCCAACCCUGUGAUGCCGCCAUUUCAGAUGGAUGUGAGAAAUCUGGGCUGUCCAAAGGCGCGACCAUCGCGCUGGCGGUUGUCUUGACUGUUGUGGGUAUAUUGAUUAUUGGCUUGGUUGUCUGGUAUAUUCGCGUAGGCCGUUUACGUCGCCGGAAAUACUAG